CGGCCCGGCGGGCACAGCGAGGGAGGGACGGGACGGGACGGGAGCCGCCCCCCGGCCAGGGCAGGGCGGGCAGCGGGGCCGGUCCCGCCGGGGCCGUCGCUCCCCGGCCCGGCGGAGCGGGGUCCCCGUCGGGGCGGGCGCGGAGCCCCGGCGAGCAGCGGCGGGCGCUGACGCGGGGCCGCCCCGGGCUCUCUCCCCUCCCCGCAGGCUGCCCGGUGCGCUCCGCCCCGCCCGCCGGGCCAUGGACUCGGACGCCAGCCUGGUCUCCAGCCGCCCGUCGUCUCCGGAGCCCGAUGACCUCUUCCUCACGGCCAGGAAUAAAGGCAGCGGCGGGGGCUUCACGGGCGGCACCGUGUCCAGCUCCACGCAGAGCGACUCCCCGCCGGAGCUGAGCGCCGAGCUGCGCAGCGCCAUGAGCGCUGCGGGCGUGGUGGUGGUGGACAAGCUGGGCUUCAAGUCGUCCUCGUCGUCCUCCUCCUCGUCCUCCUCUUCCUCCUCCAAGAAGGACAAGAAGCAGAUGACGGAGCCGGAGCUGCAGCAGCUGCGGCUGAAGAUCAACAGCCGGGAGCGCAAGCGGAUGCACGACCUGAACAUCGCCAUGGACGGGCUGCGGGAGGUGAUGCCCUACGCGCACGGCCCGUCGGUGCGCAAGCUCUCCAAGAUCGCCACGCUGCUCCUGGCGCGCAACUACAUCCUCAUGCUCACCAACUCCCUGGAGGAGAUGAAGCGCCUGGUCAGCGAGAUCUACGGCGGCCACCACGCCGGCUUCCACCCCGCCGCCUGCCCCGGCGGCAUGGGCGCGCACUCGGCGCCGCUGCCCGGCCACCCGGGCCACCCGGCCUCGCACCCCGUGCACCACCCCAUCCUGCCCCCCGCCGCCGUCUCCAGCGCCUCCCUGCCCGGCUCCGGCCUCUCGGCCGUCAGCUCCAUCCGGCCCCCGCACGGGCUGCUCAAGUCGCCGUCGGCCGCGGCGGCCGCGGCGCCGCUGGGCAGCGGCUUCCAGCACUGGGGGGGGAUGCCGUGCCCCUGCAGCAUGUGCCAGGUGUCGGCCCCGCCGCACCACCACGUCUCCGGCAUGGGCACCGCCAGCCUGCCCAGACUGGCCACCGACACCAAAUGAGCGCCUCGGCGGCCGCGCCCCCGCCACCUCCAGGAACUACAAACGCUCCCCCCGGCGCAGCGGGACCGCUCCGCUCCCGGGGCGGCCGGGGGGGCGGCGGGAGGCGAUGGAGCCCGGCCCGGGUCUGCCCUGCUCCCCACACGCCGCGGGAGCCCCCGGCACGGGAAAAGCCCCGCGCCUCUCCCGUAUUUUUAAUUUUCCGACGUUGCCGAGAGCUCCGGAGGAGGGGAGGGCGGCGGUGCCUGGGCUGGCCGCUGCCGGAGGAACCGACACGGCAGAAGGGCUUCGGCUCGUUUGUCUGCUCGUUCGUUCGUCCCUCCCCUCUCCCGCUCUCGUUUCUACGCGCGGAGCCUCUGGAGCCGCUCCCGGGUCGCAUCCCCGCGGGAGGCGCAUCCCGGGGCUCCGGGGCGGCGGGAGCGGCGGCGCUCCGGGUGGAGCUCCCGGGAAUGCCGGGCGCUCCGGGUGGAGCUCCCGGGAAUGCCGGG